CAAUUUAAAUCCCCUGCACCUCUCUUCACCUGCCCACCCCUCUCCAAACCCAAACGACCUCACUCAUAACCACCUCUGCCUUUCUCCAGCUCCCUCUCUCUUCUUCUCCUCACCUUUCCAACCAAUGUCCUCCUCAAAAUCCUUAGACACCGCAGCACCGAAAGCUCAAGGCCACAACCCACCCUCGGUGGGCUUCUGUCAGGCUAAGCCAUCACACUCGCCAUCCUCAUCGUCAUCGUCAUCGCCACCAACCACAGCCAGCUCCCCUCCUGAGAGGAGAGGGAGGAGAAAGCCCGCAGAGCCAGGGAGGUUCCUUGGUGUGAGAAGGCGGCCAUGGGGGAGGUAUGCUGCUGAGAUAAGGGACCCCACGACCAAGGAGAGGCAUUGGCUUGGGACCUUCGACACUGCCCAGGAGGCUGCCCUGGCCUACGACAGGGCUGCCCUCUCCAUGAAAGGUACCCAAGCCAGGACCAACUUCAUCUAUACCGACACCCCCAUCUCCACUUUUCAUUCCCUCCUCACUCCUUACCACUCACAGAACUUCACUCCACCACCAAUGCCACCACCUCCAACCCAACCACACCACCUCAUUGGCACUGCAUCCAUGCAAACCACCAAUCAGAAUAUUCCAAGCCAGAGCCAAAUGAGCCACUUCGCCUUCCAAUCGAGUGGCGACAAUAGCACCUCCCCUGCCUUUGGUUCAUCGGUGGAGACCGGCAUCGGCAACAACUUCCUAUUCUCCGACGACAGCAGGUCUGGUUACUUGAGCAGUAUAAUCCCUGAGAGCUGCCUCAGGUCCUCUCCAAAACACUCUCCCCCAGGCCAGGAUAACAUCAUCUCGUGUGAGUUGAAUGCUCCAAUCCUUUCCCCUCGUAACCAAGUUCAGAGUCAUGGAUCCACUAGUGCCUCCUCUUCUUAUUCUGCAACAAAUGGGGCUCUUUUUGAUGCCCAUAGUGGUGGAGUGGGUGCAAUGAGCUCAGAGGACUUCCCUUGCUUCACUGAAAUGAACAGUGGUUUCUGGGUGGAUGAGCCAUUGUGGGAACUUAAUGCAUGUGAGUUCCCUACCAGCACCGCCACCAGCAUGGGGGAUCUUGGCACUUCUUCGAUGCAAGGUCCAGCUUGUGGGUCAUUGCCUCAGGUUUCAGACUCGUACUCUCCAUCAACUUCCUCACUAACUGAUGUUUUUGACUUAGGUUACUCUUUCGAGCACUAAUUAGGUAGUCAAUGCCUUGGGAGAUGCUUGCUUUGUGGCUUAAAAACCUCAGGGCUCUACCAGCAUUGGACAUCUCUGGGCCGUGUUUUGUUCUCCUUUUAUUUUGAUCCUUUCUGCUUCCAUGCAAAUCAUGAGCCCUGAGAAAGGCUUAUCUGUUCAGGAUCCUAGUAUGUGUCGCCUGUUUUGCCUUUAGUAACUUCUUUUCCCUUUGAACUGAGUG